GCGACAUGUCGUAAAACAUGUCGUAAGCCAUCACGUGGACGCAUCAUGGACGCGUUUGAGUUUUCAGUGGAUCACUUUACUUUCAUUAGUGUCUUUAGGUAGAUUGUGAACAAUCAUCGAUAUUUGUGUUCGAUCGCAUCUCUGCAUGAACCCGGAAAUGCCUUCGCGCCAGUAGGAGACGCCUCGGCGCCACAGAACCGCAGCGGCUCUCAGUCAGUGUGUGUGUGUGUGUGUGUGUGUGUGAGAGAGAGUGUGAGAGGACCAUCUCACGGUCUGCAGCAUGUUUGUGUUGGUGGAGAUGAUCGACACUGUCAGGAUCCCGCCGUGGAACUUCCCGAGGCAACUCAACGAGGCCAUAGCCGAGGAGCUCAACAAGAAGCUGGCCAACAAGGUGGUCUACAACGUCGGCCUGUGCAUCUGCUUGUACGACGUCACUAAACUGGAGGAUUCCUACAUAUUCCCCGGGGACGGAGCCUCGCACACUAAAGUUCAUUUCAGGUACGUCGUCUUUCACCCUUUUCUCGAUGAGAUCCUGCUCGGCAAGAUCAAGUACUGCAGUCAAGAGGGAGUCCAUGUGACGAUGGGCUUCUUCGAUGACAUCCUCAUCCCGCCGGAGUCUCUUCAGCAGCCCGCAAAAUUCGACGAAGCGGAGCAGGUGUGGCUGUGGGAAUACGAGACGGACGAGGGCGCCCAUGACCUCUACAUGGACCAGGGCGAGGAGAUCCGUUUUCGGGUGACGGAUGAGGUCUUCGUGGACACCUCGCCGACGGGCCCGGCUGCCGCUGUGACGGAGACGCCGGCGCAACCGGGACAGCCGCCGGCUCCGCCGGCAGAGGCCAGCGCGGAGAAGAAGGAUCCGCCGUACACUCUGAUUGGGACCAUCUGUGACCCGGGGCUCGGGCUGCUGUCAUGGUGGAACAGUUAGCGACAGCGGGGGAAGGAGGACAUUUUGGGGGGGUUACAAACUGAUCGCCGACCCAGAAGCCGCUAGGACGGACACGGAAGCGAAGGCACAACGGGCCGCUCCCUGGACCAAGAUGCUGUCGGUGUGUGUGAGACGGGCGUGGUCGGCCACAGUGAGACCGGUUGUGUGGUAAUAACGCUCUGAGCGCACCAGCUCCGUGCCAACAUGUGAAAUUCACCAUGUUUUUAAAACCACAAUCAUUUGAUUUUUGUUAAUUUAUUGUAUCUCACAUAAAGUGCCCCACCCCAAUUUAAAGGUAGAUAUUUAUUAUUUCAUUUUUUCAAUAAUACUUUAGCGUCAAAUGUACACAGGUCACAAGUGUGCUUUUGAACACUGAACAGCAGAGUCAGGAAUGAAUAAAGUUUUGUGCCUUUAAAUACUUUUUUCAGAUUUUUUUUUUUUUCUUUUACGUAGAAAUUAGACCCACGGGGCAAAUGUGUAUUGAAUUGGUAUCAAGAUUCAAACAAGGGUAACCACCACAAUUUAAAAAACAAAAAAACAAAAAAACGUUUUCAACCUCAAAAUAUAAACGCAUUUCAAAUGUCACCUCAUUGUUUUUAUAUUCCUGCGUUGUCCGUUUAUUAAACAGCCCAGUUCUAUUCUG